ACAAAUGGUCCUUGGUUUUAUUGUUGUAAUUUUCAUUGUCGAAAUAUUGAAUCAUGGUUUGUUGGAAAAGAUAAAUCUCUUAAACAUUGGAAUUGUAAAAAAGAUAAAUAUCAUAAUCCAAUUAGAAGUAUGGAUGGUUGGUUUUCUAUAGAUGAUUAUGAG